CGGGCAUCUCAACUUCGACAUCGAAUUGCCACUUUGCAACCUCAAAUCGCAACUUGGCCCAACAUGGCGACUACGGUGGACAAGAUCAAGGACAUCGAGGCCGAGAUGGCCCGGACGCAGAAGAACAAGGCCACCAGCUUCCAUCUGGGCCUGUUGAAGGCCAAGCUGGCAAAGCUAAAACGAGAACUCCUCACGCCGCAGGGCGGUGGCGGAGGCGGCGGCGUUGGCUUCGAUGUUGCCCGCACGGGAGUGGCGUCGGUGGGCUUCAUCGGCUUCCCCUCCGUGGGCAAGAGUACGCUGAUGUCGCGCCUCACCGGUCAGCACUCCGAGGCCGCGGCGUACGAAUUCACCACCUUGACCACCGUUCCCGGCCAGGUGCUGUACAACGGCGCCAAGAUCCAGAUGCUCGACUUACCGGGUAUCAUCCAAGGCGCGAAGGAUGGCAAGGGUCGUGGACGACAGGUCAUUGCCGUGGCCAAGACUUGCCAUCUCAUCUUCAUCGUGCUCGACGUCAACAAGCCUCUAACGGACAAGCGCGUCAUCGAGACCGAGCUGGAGGGCUUCGGCAUCCGCAUCAACAAGGAGCCACCCAACAUCAAAAUCACCAAAAAGGACAAGGGCGGCAUCUCCAUCACCAGCACCGUCAACCUCACACACAUCGACAACGACGAAAUCAAGGCCGUCAUGAACGAAUACCGCAUGGCCAACUGCGACAUCGCCAUCCGCUGCGACGCCACCAUCGACGAUCUCAUCGAUGUCAUCGAGGCCAAAGCCCGCUCAUACAUCCCCGUCAUCUACGCCUUGAACAAGAUCGAUGCCAUUUCCAUUGAAGAACUGGAUCUCCUCUACCGCAUUCCCAACGCGUGUCCAAUCAGCUCCGAGCACGGAUGGAACGUCGACGAGCUGAUGGAGCUCAUGUGGGACAAGCUCAAUCUGCGACGAGUCUACACCAAACCCAAGGGCCAGCUGCCAGACUACUCCGCGCCCGUCGUGCUGCGCAGUACGGCGUGCUCGGUAGAAGACUUCUGCAAUGCUAUCCACAAGACCAUCGUGGAGCAGUUCCGCAUCGCCAUCGUCUACGGUCGCAGCGUGAAGCAUCAGCCGCAACGAGUCGGUCUGACCCACCAGCUUGAAGAUGAAGACAUUAUCACUAUUGUCAAGAAAUGAGUGGCAUGGGCAAGCGUUGCCUAAGCGGUGCAGCGGAUAGAUGUUCUGAUGGUUCUCGAUGCUUGCAUUGCAACCCCCGCCCGUUGCCGUGGGAAAU